AUGAGUGUUAAUACAAUGAAUCUUCAACAACUUGAACAACUUGCAACUCAAAUGUAUUCUGCACAAACAAACCAAAUCAUAGAUUUCAGUCCAACACAAUCUCAACAAAUAUUAUUUGAAAGUAAUAAUAUAUAUGCACAAAUUCAUGCAUUGAAAUCAUUUAAAAAAAUGGCUGACACAAUUUCUACUACAAUGGAACAAAAAAUUCAAAUUAAACAAUUCAUUUAUGAAUUUCUAUCAAAAAGAAUUGGUUCAUUAAGUUCACAAACAAUUAAUAUUGCAAUCAAAACUUUUGUUGACCUUCUUAAAGCUACAUGGUUUGAUGAUCCACAAAAUAAAACUUUUAUUAAUGGGUUGAAAGAUAAUACAUUAAAAGAUCCAAACUCAAUACCAUUUGUCUUUACUUUAUUAGUUGAAUUAACUGAUAAUAUGUCUAAUACACAAAAUUGUACUAAUCGUAAAGCUACUAUUAAUUAUAAAGACAAUUGCCUUAAAGAUAUUUUUUCAUUAAGUUUAGAAGUAUUUAAUUUAUUAUUACAAAAGAGGCCAUCAAAUAUUGAACAGUUAAUGUUAUCAACAAUGAAAUUAAUGCUUUCUUGUCUUAAAUAUAAUUUCCUUGGAACUAAUAUGGAUGAAACAACAGAAGAUAUUUAUACUGUUCAAAUACCAAAUGACUGGAAGAACUUUUUUGAAGAUAUUACUUUUGUUCAACAAUUAUUUAAUGUGUAUUUCAAUUGUAAACCUCCAUUAACUACAAUUAUACUCGAUACUAUAGGGUAUAUCUCUUUGAUUAGAAAAUCGUUAUGGGCAAGGCAAGCAGAUGGAUCAGGACUACAACAUUGUUUAAUUGAUGGUGCAUCAAAAAUUGUACAAAGUGGAUAUGGUCUAGAUAAUUCAGAGACUCGAUUUGUUUUUUGUAGAUUCUUAGAUAGAUUAAAAACUAAUCACCCUAUUCAUCAGAUUAUUACAACACAACACAUUAGUUGUUUCUCUCAAUUUACUAUUAACACAUUUAAUAAUUGGUCAGAUAAUAAAAAUGCUGUUCUUUAUUUACUUUCUUUUUGGAAUAAAGUCAUCACUUCUACUCAGCUUAACGGAGACACACAAACAGAGACAUUAUUAAAUCAAACAGCAUUAUGUUUAUCUCAGGCAUUAGUUAAUUCACUCUUACAAUUUUUUGAAGUAAUGGAUUAUUCUGAUGAUGAUACUGUUAUCGAUGAAGAAGAAUUUAAAUUACAAGAUUAUAUGGAAACAUUAAGUUCACUUGCAAAAGCACAGUAUAAAGAAAUGGCAGGGUUUUUAACAGAACGUAUCGAAGUUAUUGUAAAUACUUUAUCACAAAUAUCUAAUGCUACUGACUAUAAUUCUCCAUUGAGAAAAAAAUUAGAAACCCAAAUGUGUUGGUUAUUAACUGUAAUGAAUGCAAUGUUAAAUAGAACAUAUAGUAAUGGAAAUGAUAAUGAACAAAUUCAAGCUGCAUUAGUUGGUAAAAUUUUCAGAUGUAUGAAUUUAACUGACUCUAUCAUAAAUUAUGUAGACAAAACAAAUCAAAAAUCAAUUGAAGUAAAAGUAGAAUUUGAAUAUAUGAAAUUCUUUGGUAAUUUUAAAAAUUUAUAUAUUUCUGCAUCACAGUAUCGAACUGAUACAAUUCAACCUUUAAGAGAAGUAUUAGGAAUAGAUAAAAUUGAAGAUAUAGUUGGUAAAAUUAUGCAAAAGAUUUCAUUUAAUUUAACUUCAUUCCCAAGAAAUACAUCACUUAUUGAUAAAACAUUAGAUACAUUCUUACUUUUUGUUUCUUCUUGUUCACAAAGUAAAUUUAUUGCAUCCUUACCUUUUACACAACAACUAAUGCAAAAUCAUGCUAAUAGAUAUUUUGAUUUCUUAUCUCAAUCAACAACUAAUGAAGAACUUGUUAAAUUAAGAAGAAAAUAUUAUAGUAUUCUUGGUAAAAUAUUAUUCCAAGAUGAGAGUUGUGACUUUAUGCAGUUUAUGAGACCAUUUGAUACAAAAUUGAAAUUCCUUAUAACAAGUAUUCAAUCAGGUACAUUUAAUAAUGAUUUAGCAAGUAAUGUUGAUAUGUUAUUAUCUAUUUUAAUUGAUUUACAGGGAUUAUUAACUGUUGCAACAACCGCAUCUCAAUACAUUAAAUUCUUUGAAUGGUUCUUCUUUGAUUAUUAUGAAAAUGUAUUGUUCGCUGGAGUCGAUGCUAAUGGAUCAUUAUUCUUUAAUCAAGUUACAACACGACAAUGCCCAUUAUUGUUAUAUAAUACUCUCAAAUUUUUAGUUCAAUUUACUAAUUCAACAUAUAAUCGAAUCAAUUUCUCUAACUCAUCUCCUAAUGCUAUUUUAUUAUUCAGAGCAAUAGUUAGUACUAUUAAGAUUAUUAUACCAUUAUUACCACUAUUACCAGAAAAGUUAUUUGAUAAUUCUAUUCCACGAGUAUUCACUAUCUUUAAUAAUUUCUUGACUGGUAAUUUUAUUCCAUAUGGUGUUUUAAUUUAUUAUAAUGACCCUGCUCUACCUUCUUUAAUGCAAUGUAUCAUGUUAACUUUAUUUGCAAUUCCAUUAGAUAAAAUUUUCCAAGAAUCAAAAUUUAGAGUAGUAGUCUUUACUACACUACAAGGAAUGUUUAGUGUAUUAUAUAGAUUUAUCUUUUCUUCUGAUAUUAACACAUUCCAAAAACUAUUAAUGAUAUUGAUUAAUGGAUUACAGUCUACUGACCCAAACAUCAUUCGUUCAUCUAUGAAGAUUGUAUCUCAAAUCUUUGAUACUUAUGACUCAGUUCAAACACGAGAAACAGAAAACUUUGCUUCAUUUGAAUCUCAAAUUGGAAAGAGUCAAAGUUAUUUCAAAGAAAUGAUGAAAGCUUCUAUGGAAACAAUGUUAUUUACAGAAGGAUCAAAUCAACUAAGAGGAGUAAAUUGUUUAGUUCAACUUAUAAAACAUUUCCCUGUCUUCUUUACUGAAUAUAAAACUGCUUUAUUUAAUUCUCAAAAAACAGAACAACAAAAACAAUUAGUACUAGAAAAAUUUAAAUUGAUUGAAGACGGGGUGAAUGAAUCUCACUUCAAUGAUAUUUUGAAUAAAGCUUUGAACGACUUAAAGGGAAACCUCAGUUCUAUUAACUAA